AUGCCGAGAUCCUGGGUAUACAGAUCCCAGUUGAACGCCAUCUACAACAAAUUAAUCGACGACAAUAAGAUUCCAGCAGAGGGAAAUGAGAGGGCACAUGAAGUUCUCGGCAGAAUUCUAGAUAAAGCCAGAACCGCCGCGACGAAGAAGUACAAAGGCCAGAUUCACCGUGCGAACUGGGCUCUCGACAAGUACAUGCUUCGGAGAUUCGGUAUGUGUCCUAUGUAUCUCUUAAUGUUCAAGUGUUAACACUGUAUAGAUCCCAGUGCCAUAUGGCCCACCAACAUGCCGCGGCCCAUGACAGAGGAAGAAAAAGUGAUGACGGAUGACCAGUGGGAGGUCAAAAGUGAUGAAGGAACGCUUGAUGUCGAUGAAUGA